AUGAUGCCAGGGCAGAUCCCCGACCCGUCCCUGACGGCUGGCGCGCUGCCUGGGCUCGGCCCUUUGACAGGACUGCCUGGCACAGCCCUGACUGCUGAGGAGCUGAAGUGCGCCGACAUCCGCAACAUCGGGGCCAUGAUCUCGCCGCUCCACUUCCUGGAGGUGAAGCUUGGGAAGAGACCCCAACCUGUGAAAAGUGAGCUGGAUGAGGAAGAGGAGAGGAGGAAAAGGCGCCGGGAGAAAAACAAAGUAGCAGCAGCACGAUGUCGUAACAAGAAGAAGGAGAGGACGGAGUUCCUGCAGCGGGAGUCUGAGCGUCUAGAGCUCAUGAAUGCUGAACUGAAGGCCCAGAUAGAAGAGCUGAAACAGGAGAGGCAGCAGCUGAUCCUGAUGCUAAACCGGCACCGUCCCACCUGCAUCGUGCGGACAGACAGCAUCAAGACUCCCGAGAGCGAAGCUAACCCGCUGCUGGAGCAGCUAGAGAAGAAGUGAAGGUGGCACUGGGCCAGGAGGAGGAGACAGUGGCACAGGGUGUUCCAGGGUCUCUAAUGUAUGUACUGUAUGAAGAACUGUGCACCCAGACCUGGUGCGGACCCAGUGAGGACCCAGUGGGCUUCCUUGGGAACUAUGGACCAAAUAUGGGGACAGAGAAGAUCAGGAACCUGCCAACCAUGUACUCUGAGGCUGAACCUGGGAGCAGGGCUAGUGGCACCAGUGAGGGCAACCUCCCUGUGAUACCUCAUCACAGCCCUCCAGCCUGCUCGCAGCCCUGGGGACCCACGAUGCCACAUGUCCUGCAAGGACCACACACCCCGUGGGUAGCAGGGGCGGCAGGCAGAGGAGUGGCAGCUGCACGGUGCCCACUAGCACCCUGCCCAGAGGCUGCUGCUGCUCCUGGAGCAUGCUCCAGCAGGAAACCCAAACCCAAGAACCACAAACACUUGAUGCAGCCCCGUCUGGUGGGCAGGCCUGUCGGGGCUUGGUGGCGCAGGCGCCCCUCACAAGCACACUCAGUAUAAUGUUUACAGCCCAGCUGUCCGUGUCGGCCGUGCUUUUGAAUGCACAUUUUUACACUUUUUUAAAGUAUUUUUUACAAAGUUUUUAUACAGCAAUCUCUAUAAGGAUUUAUAUAAUCACUAGACGUGAUCCCAUAGAAAUGUAUGUUAUGAUGGUCUGUUUGAUACAAACACAUAUGCCGCAGUUAUCUCCAUUCUGUCACUUGUCUGGUAGCAUCCAGCUCCUUUCCUGGCAUGCUGGGAAGGGGGUCCAAGAUGCCCUCUGCAGUGGUGUCGCUACCCUAUCCAUCCAUGUAUGUCCUUCAUAAUAUUCAGUUCUGUAUCUCUCAGUAAAUGUUAUGUUUCUGUAUGCCGUCCUCCCGUACCUCUGUUUGGGUCAGGCCGCAGUGG